UCCAUCCCGGCCCCAUCCCAGGCUCCAUCCCAGGCUCCAUCCUGGCUCCAUCCCUGCUCCAUCCCGGCUCCAUCCCGGCUCCAUCCCGGCUCCAUCCCGGCUCCUCCCGGGCUCCUGCCCAGCCCCAGGCUGUGGCAGCGGCUCUUGGGGGCAGUCGAGGCUCUGGGGCUGGAGUUUCUGACCCAGCUCUGGGCUUGCAGCACGGCGGGGCCAAGGUGCUGGAGAAGACCUUCGAGGAGUGGCUGCGGUACCGUGACGAGUGCCUGAGGAGGAUGGCGAGCGAGCCCUACCCAGCAGGGCUGUUCUGUAACAGGACAUUUGACAUGUACGCCUGCUGGCCCGACGGGAGCCCCGGCACCGCCGUCAACGUCUCCUGCCCCUUCUACCUGCCCUGGUUUGAGAAAGUGAAACACGGGCUGGUGAGCCGCAGGUGUGGCACCGACGGCCAGUGGGUGACGGUGAACGGCAGCCAGCCCUGGAGGGACUACUCCCAGUGCGAGGAUGAGCCGGAGGUCACUGCCGAGGAGGAAGGCGCCCGCCGGCUCAUGGUGAGCUUCAAGGUGCUCUACACCGUGGGCUACUCUCUGUCACUGCUCACCCUCAUCUCCGCCCUGCUCGUCCUCACCGUGUGCAGGAACCUGCGCUGCACCAGGAAUUACAUCCACGCCAACCUGUUCGCCUCCUUCGGGCUGCGGGCGACCUCGGUGAUGGUGAAGGACGCGCUGCUGGAGCGGCGCUGGGGCGUGGAGCUGCUGCAGGUGGCUGACUGGGAGGCUCUGCUGAGCCACGAGGCAGCGCUGGGGUGCCGCGCAGCGCAGGUGCUGAUGCAGUACUGCAUCCUGGCCAACCACUACUGGUUCCUGGUGGAAGCUGUCUACCUCUACAAGCUGCUCAUCGGGGCCGUGUUCUCCGAGAAGAAUUACUACAGGCUCUACCUCUACCUGGGCUGGGGGACCCCCGUGGUGUUCGUGGUGCCCUGGAUGGCCGCCAAGUACCUGAAGGAGAACGCGGAGUGCUGGGCGCUGAACGAGAACAUGGCUUACUGGUGGAUCAUCCGCAUCCCCAUCCUGCUCGCCUCCCUGAUCAACCUGCUCAUCUUCAUGCGGAUCCUCAAGGUGAUCCUGGCCAAGCUCCGGGCCAACCAGAAGGGCUACGCCGACUACAAGCUGAGGCUGGCCAAAGCCACCCUGACCCUCAUUCCCCUCUUCGGGAUCCACGAGGUCGUUUUCAUCUUCGCCACUGACGAGCAAACCACGGGCAUCCUGCGCUACGUCAAGGUGUUCUUCACCCUCUUCCUCAACUCCUUCCAGGGCUUCCUGGUGGCUGUGCUGUACUGCUUUGCCAACAAAGAGGUGAAGUCUGAGAUGAAGAAGAAGUGGCAGCUCUGGAAGCUCGACCACCCGGUGCUCUGCUGUGCCCAGUGAGGGGUGACCGGCCGGGGCACAGGGGCUGCUGGCCACAGUGGCCACAGCAGGGCCUGGC